UUAAAAAAAUUUAAAUAAGAAGAACGGUCAAAAUUAUGCAUGGAAAAUAAUGACUGCGCUUAAAAUGGAGUAUGAUGCCUCCUUCGCUUUGUCUCCACCCUCUCGGAGCCACCUGAUCCGUCACGUCGAUCGCCCACGAAACUGCCUAGCUUACCAUGUGCAUGCGUAGCCAUCGACCGGUCACUCGCUCGUGUAGCAUAUACGUGCGUUGAUGUGAUCUCUCACCCGAUCCAUCGGUGUCGGUAGACUGGACUGGUAGUAGUAGACUAUUCUUCCUUCGAUUCGAUUAGACAAAUCGGAUGAAAUGAUAAAAUCACUCACGUGUGAUUCUCUUUUUGAUGGUUAUACUCACGUGUGAGUGUGAUUCGCUUAAUUAAGAAAAUAUGAACUAUAUUUAGCUCAAUAUGGACGACAUGAUGAGGAUGGAGUAGUUGAUGAUCGAUUAUUAGUAGUAGUAUAGAUUGAGCUAGCUCCAUACAUAUUGGAGUACGAUAUGAUUCGAUGGCGUAUAUACAAACCAUGACAUGGAUAUAUAUGAUGCAUGCAUGUAAAUGUGGUUGUUCGCUGAUUGAGAUAUCAAUCACACCAUUCGCAGUUCUCUUUCAUCAAGUUAAUGCCCUACGUUCGAAAGCAUUAUUUUUGCGUGUUUUUGUAAAAUAUAUUUGGACAGAAGUGUGUCUAGAUAAAUUUUGAAAAAAUAUACAUAAAUGCCUAGGGUUUAUUUGAUUCGGUGGAAUUUGAAUCCAUAUGAAUAGGAAAAAUGGAGAAAUAACAUUGUUUGCACACAUCAAUCUAGAGAAAUUUUUCCAAGAGGCUUGAGUACAUAUGUUAAUUUCUUGUGGGAAAAUAAUUUUUCCUUUGAUUUUUCUAUACUUUAAUCCUACAAACCGAAUGAUACUCAAUGGAAUUAAUCCUUAGUGAUCAAAUCCUCAGUUUUUCCUCAAAAAACGAACGAGCUCUUGUAGUGUUUCGUAGCGGAUGUAGUAGCAUGUGUGCUACUCCAGUCCGGUAUGCUGUGUUUGUUUUGGUCAUGGCGAGAAUCAAAGAGCUUUGCAACUCCUUUUCCUCAGCUGCAUUAUUGUAUAUUGGUAGUUCUAUCUCGAUCUCCAUGCGCAUGCAUGAUUCGCUGCACGCAUGUGAGAAGACUGUGAGAGGGCACUGCACUGCCCCGAAUGAUGAUGAACGGCUACGGAACGGAUCAUCAUGAGCUUCUCCUCCUGCACCCCUACCUCCCAUCAUUGCUCAACGUGCUACACUAAUCAAGGCCCAUGAAAUCCUAGGCCCAAGAUUCUAGAAAACCCACCUCUCCGGCCCAUCAAAAUACCCAGCUCUUCGGCCCAAGAUAAGAACUAUCUAAGCCCAUGUCGCCGCCGCGGCGGCGGCCCAGCUCGUCGGAGGCGGUCCAAGAGCUCGAGAGAGAGGCAGCCCAGCUCGCCGCGCGGCGGAGGCGGAAGCGAGCGUCACGUUGCCCACGCGAUCGAUUCGAUCGACGAGAGGAGAGAGCACGAGAAGGAGCAAAGGAGGCAACCGUUUAUUGCACCUUCACUGCGUGGAGUACUGGAGCGUAUGAAUCCGCCCCCAAAUGGUGCCAAAUCGCAGCCGGUGGAUCGACCGAUCGAUCGAUCUGGAGCUAGGUUUUCUGACCCGAUCCCGAUUGCGACGGAGACGGCGCCCCCAAAUCGAUCCAUUUUUUGCCUCACUUAAUCUCUCGCUAUAAAUCCACCACUCUCUCUUGUGUUGCUCUCUCUUCACUUGGUUGGCGGCGGCGCUGCGGGAGCUAGUAGUAGAUCAAGCUAGGGUUUGGAUCGAGAUGGCGGGGAGGGGUGGGAUGGUGGAGUGGGAGGUGGGGCGGCGGCGGGAUUCGGAGGACGUGAUCGUGCUGUCGCCGGGGCCGCCGGCGAGGAGGCGGCCACCGCCGGUGAAGGCGGUGGAGCCGGAGUCCGGCGGGUUCGCGUACGAGCCGCCGGAGAAGCUGUUCUACAAGACGAGGGUGUGCGAGACGUUCGUGACCAGCGGCCGGUGCAUGUUCGAGGACGGCUGCACGUUCGCCCACGGCGACGAGGAGCUCCGCCCCUCGCUCACCGCGUGCGCCGGCGGCUGGAGGAAGCCUUCGCCGUCGUUGUCGGCGGCGGCGCCUCCCGUGGCGGUGGCGCCGACGCCUCCGCCGGCGCAGGUCGUGCACGAGCUCCUCGCCAGGGGAUCCGGCUCCGGCGGCGGCGGCCACCGCGCCAUCACCAAGGUGUGCUUCGAGUUCAGGGACAAGGGCAUCUGCUAUUUCGGGGAGACCUGCGCCUUCCCCCACGUCUCCGCUGCAGAGAUCCGCCAGGGCUCAAGGCUGUCGUCGAUGUCGUCGUCGUCGUGGGAGAUGCCGGCACGGAGGAGCGUGGCGGUGACCGUGCCCAGGACGUUCGUCUCCGUGCCGCCGGUGGCGCCGCCGCCGCCGCCGCCCCACUACCGUGUCAACAACAGCAGCAGCUACAACGCGGCAUCCAUGGCCGCCGCGGCGCCCGCCGCCAGCGACGCCAACCUUGUCGCCCAGCAGCCGCCGCCGGAGCAGGGAGGCCGGAAGAUGACCCGCCUGGAGAUGCUCAGCCUCAAGAAGAUGACCGGCAUCUACGGCGACUGGCUCGAGGGGUAUGAGCAUCCAUAAACCAAUCGUCGAUCUCUCGCUCGCCAUGAUUGAUCGAGCUCCACCUGCCAAUUGCCAUGCCAUGCAUCGAUCGAUCGUUUCGCGUUGCUACCUUAGCUCAUCGAUCGUCGUCAAGAACCAGAACAAUUUUAUAUUUAAUUUAUUUUCCAAAUCUGCUCCCAAACCGAACAUUGAUCUUGUCAUUUUACCAUCCGUGUCUGUCGGACUCAUGUCUGUAUGUGUCUUAAACUGUUGUUGAAUUCUGUGCGUGUAAGCAGACCUGCAUUGCCGUCGUGUCGUAAGAACUGGAACAAUUUUAUCUUUGUGA